UUAUUUUAAUCCAAUGUUUACAUUCAAGAGAUAACUUGUUACCAGGAAAUUAUACCACAAUUAUUUUCCAAAUAAAUGAUGUUUAGCUCAAGGCUGAAUAGACUUUUAAAAAUUUUGAAGAAAAAAAAAGACUGUACGUCCUAGGUCCAUCCCAUAAAUAGUAGAAAAUGGUUGAGAGAUUUCUACUGAAGGCAUUAAGCAUCAUGCCAAAUUGUCACUAAACAAACUGUUAACGUGAUGUGUUUAAGAGAAAUUAUGUAAUUAUGUUACCAUUGUUAAAUUGUACUGUGAUAUCUUCCUAGUCAUAAAGAAAUGGACAGUGGGCCAGAAAUAAUGAGUCUGGCCUAUGACAAGCCGUAUUCUUGCCCGGAUUGCAAUUAUCGUUGUACAACUAAUGGAAAUUUGAAAAUUCAUUUGCGAACGCACACAGGAGAGAAGCCGUACAAAUGUUCAGACUGCGAUUAUAAAUUUUCACAGAUCGGAAGUCUAAAACGACAUUUGAUGUUGCACACCGGUCGGAAACAAUAUUUGUGUGCAUUGUGCGAUUAUAAAUGCUGCCAGUCAUCGGAUUUAAAGAUCCACAUAAGAUCUCAUACAGGGGAGAAACCAUUUUUCUGCCCCGAUUGCGACUUCAGGUGUUCUAAUUCGAGCAACCUGAGCAAGCACGUAAAGCAAGCGCACACCGGGGAAAAAAGAUACAGCUGUCCAGCUUGUGAUUACAAGUGUUUAACCGCAAAUCGGAUGAAAACACAUAUUCUCACUCACACAGGUGAAAAACCGUACUCCUGUUCGGAAUGCAGUUACAAAACUGCGCGUGCCGGUUCUCUAAAAUCUCACUUUAGAAUUCACACCAGGGAAAAACGGUUUUCUUCCAAUGGAUGUAACUAUAAGGACACUCAGUGUGCAAAUUUAAUAAACAUUUCCAAGCACAAUGGAGAAAAGCCUUUUUCCUGUACCGAAUGUCUAUUUAUGUGUUCCACCUCCAAUUAUUUAAAAAAGCAUUUAAGAAAAAAACACGAUUAAAAUAUUUAAUAAAUGCCAAUGGACCUUGAAGUCAAGAAUACAUAAAUUAUUCACAUGUAUUGAUAAUAAAUUUUCAUUUGUUUAUUUUUGUUA